GAAGGCAACAUAACAAUUAACUGUUGCUAUGGCGACUGUCACAGUGAGGAGCUAAAGUUUAUGCUAACAAAGUUUCCAUCGAAAACUUUAAAAUGACUACGAAAACCAUCGACCCGUUAUCAGUGAAGGAUCCUCCGGGAGGAGAGGAGGGGUCAGAGGAGACUGAAGAGGAGGAGAGAUCAGGAGGAGAGAGGAGCCGAGAGACUCAGGUCCCAUUCAAAGUGUUGAAAGGCCACAGCGACACCGUCACUGCAGCUCAACUCUGCUUCAAUGACAGCCGUGUCCUCAGCUGCUCCUCAGACCGCAGUGCCAUCCUCUGGAAUAUAGAGAGCUGCAGACCUCUCAGGGUGUUCGAUGGACUUCACAGCAAAAACAUCACUGAGUGCGCUGUGAUCCCAAACAGCAACAGGAUGGUCACAGUGUCCUGGGAUAAGGAGAUGGUGGUCACAGACCUGGAGACCGGACAGACUGUGUGGAGGUGCAGACUGGUGGGGCUGCUGACCUCCUGCAGCUCCUCGUCUGACGGCCGGCUGCUGGUUUGUGCUGCAGAUCCUCAGAACAGCAUCUACAUCCUGGACGCAGCUGGAGGAGAGACGCUGCACCACGUCGGUGGUCAUCAUCGCUCCACCAUCACACGUUGUCGGUUUGACCUUCAGAGCCAGCGAGUGGCCACCGUGUCUGCAGACCGGAGGAUCAAGCUGUGGGACCUGCAGAGCCGGAAAACCACUUUGUCUAUUGACAGUAACCACAACAACGUUGUCUCUGACUGCUGCUUCACCAACAACGGGCACUUCCUCUGCACGGCAUCCUGGGAUAAGAGUUUGAAGCUGUGGGACCUGCAUGCCGGAGGGUUUCGUUCUCACGGUGGGACGUCCUUACAGAGGAGCCAUGAAAGCAGCGUCAGCUCCUGCAGCUUCUCCACUGACGCAGACUUGCUUGUGUCGGGCUCCUACGACCGGACUGUUGCACUCUGGGAUAUGUCCACCCUGUGUCAGACUCUCAUCCUGAAGGGACACACUGAUUGUGUGACAGACGUGUCGGUCAGCACUGACAAGAAGUUAGUGGCCUCUGCCUCAAAGGACUGCACCGUCAGACUGUGGAACAUAGAAAACAUGGAGGAAAUCCCAGAGGUCGUUGAGAAGCGGGCGGCUGAGGGAGCUGGGAAUCCCAUCCUCAAGUGUGAGGAGUGUGGAAAACCGUUUCCUGUCUGCAGACUACAGACCUCAGAUCUGCUCACACAGUGCUUCUACUGUCGACUGAAGGAACCCUCCAGACACCGACCACAGCCUCCACCUCUCACGUGACUCUCCCUCACAGAAUCUUAAUCACAGACACUUCUUCUUCUUCUUUUACAGCGGUUGGCAUCCAUCCUGUUGAUGCAUCACCGCGGCUUCUUAUGCACAGUUUUGUCUCUGAUUAUGCUUUUAAACAACCUUAAUAAGAGAUAAUUGAAAAACUGAACUUUUAUACAGCCCUAAUGCCUUAUUCAUGACAUUAACAACAAUAUAACAUCUAGAAAUAACACUUUCAAACAUACUUUAAUCAGUAUUAUUUCACAUCAGGUACAUUUAGUUCAAUCUUCACACAUCCUUCAUUUUCUGCAUUCAGAGUUUCCUCUCUGUGUUUCACAUUUAAAAACAGUCAAGUGAUGAAAUGUGUCCAGCGUUGAGUUAUUUAUGUAAGGCCUCUUUGAAUAUGAAGACAAUGAAAACACACUGAACUAAAGACAGACGCUUCACUUUCCAGCUGUUGUUACAAACAAUGACGUAGUUGCUAGCACCGAUGUGUCCCCCUGUGAAGUAACCACAGACCCCCUUCAUGUACUCGUGUCUUUUCACAGGCUGAGAAACUUCUAGAUCAAUAAACUAGUUUGUUAAUGAAUGACA